AUGGCUGCCGAGGAGCUGUCGGAGGCUGGCAUGGCCGACAUCAUUCGUGCCUUGGAGGUCAUCCACAGCCCCACGUCGACAAAUGAGCUCCGCAAAGAGGCCUUGUCUUUUGUAGAGUCUCUGAAAGAUAACGAUGCGGCAGCUCGUAACGGCUUUCUGCUGGCGUCACGCGCAGACCACGCGCCUGUGGUACGGUACUUUGGCCUGACUCUGCUAGAUCACGUCCUGCGCCAUUUGUCGUUCACCAACCCCGAGGAAUCCACGAACCUCAGAUCGAUAAUCCUCCAGCUGGCCGAGAACAUUCGACCCGAGGACCCGAGCUAUUUCCGCAACAAGAUCCCGCAACUAUGGUCGGAAGCUGCCAAGAAGAGCUGGGGCUUGGAUUGGGUGGAUAUGGAUGAGGCGCUUGUCAAGUUUUGGGACGUGUCUCUGGUACACAAUGAGUUGGUGCUCUCUGUGCUUGAGACCUUGUCGGAGGAUGUUUUUUUCCGCGAGGAUACAGUGUCGUCUUUGCGAGGUUCUGAGCUCAAUCGCGCGCUCGUGGAGAUUUUCACUCCCUCCACAAUUGUUGAACAGAUCAACCCUGAUAAGAACACAAAUGCCGCUCUGCGAUGUGGCCUAGAGGGCUGGCUGGUGCGGAUCUGCGAAUUCCUGGACAAUUGCGUUCAGAACGUUUCUACCUCAAGUCAAGCACGCGAUGCGGCUGUUAAAGCCCUGACGACACUCAGGUCUGCACUUUCUUGGUCAAUCUACAAAGCCGUGGUUGCUGGGCAGGUUGUUGCUAGUGUUUUCAGAGCCUUGACCUGCCAAGAUGACCAAGUUUUGUUGGCCGCAAUUGAGGCAUUGCAUGCGCUUUACGGAAGGAACAACAUGGGGAAUGAGGAAUCCCACGGCCUGGUAUGCCUGAUUUUUGAGAGCGAGUAUCUCAACACUCUUCAAAAUCUAUACCAGUGGUCCAUUGUGGGCCCAGAUGAUGUCGAUGAGCCGAAAUAUCUGAUUUCCAAGAAGCUCUCGGAGAUGCUUUCCUAUGUUGCUGGAUGUCUGGAAGACGAGAGAUUCCUCCGAGACACAAUGCACCGUUUGGACCUCCCACCAUUCUUCAACUUCAUGUUGAACGUCAUGCAGCACCAGAGCUUGACUGUAUCUAUCCCCUGUCUACAUCUCUGGUCAAGGCUUCUGGGUGUUCAGAGAAUUGGUACCUCCGAAUUUGUCGUGAACCAGACCCCAAUCUUCCUGAACGUCUGCACCCAACGUUUGAUACGCUGGGAGUCCCUCCCAACUGAGUCGGAGGAUCCGACGAUCCAGUUCCUGAUUGAGGACAUUGACACAAUCCCAGAGCGUCACGCAUUUCUCGGCAACUAUCGCCGGUACUGCUCGUCGAUCAUUGAGACCAUUACCCAGAAGCGUGCGCAAGAAGCGGUGCGUGAGAUUCUUGGACGAGUAGACGAGAAUCUAGACAAUCUGUACAGUGGAGUUGAGCCAUUCCAAAUGCACAACUACAACAAAUCAUCUGUCACACUUAUGCGCGCGGAUGCUCAAUUCGCGGUUGUCGAAGCAGUCGUUAAGGGCUUCAACAAGUGGAUUGAGGCGCACGGCAAGGCACCCCAGCAAGAUCAGGAACAGGAGCGGAAAGAAUUGGAAUUCACAGUGGAGAGCUGGGCUUCUAAGCUAAUGCAAAGGAGUUAUGAGGAUCCGGUUUUGAAGCAGAAAGUCAUCAAAUUGGUGGUUGACAUCUCUUCUAAAGCACUGGACAACCACCCCGCAUUUGCGUUGAAGGUCCUUGAGCACAUUCUCAUGACACGCCUUCCGGAUCAGCCUGAGUAUCCCGUCUAUUCUGAAGCUGUGAAGGAAUUGCAUGGGCUGGCUAGCCACGAACUCCGUCGCCUCGCGAUCCGUUAUGCUGACUACUUCUCCACGUUCUACGAUCUGCUCGAGCCGAAGAUCAGGGAGAUCACAGUAGCCAACCGAGUGGACGAUAAACUCCAAAUGGAGCUGACAUCCAUUCUGCUGAUUAUCAUGCAACGCGCGAACAAUCUUGAUCCAAACCUCCGCCAUAGCCGGCUAGCUGGCUUCCUCGCCCCCAUCCGAGACGCAUGGCAGGAUGAUGAUUUCCGCCGCAUGAGCUCCUCAUUCGAGGGAUUCUGCGCCAUGCUGGGACUGGAGAACGUGGGUUCCUACAUGCAAGCCAAGCAAGCGCAAAAGCUCGCAGAUUGGUCUUCAUUUACCUUGGAUAACGAGGGAAAGCUCGUUCAGGAAGAAAUGACAAAGAAGUUCCAGAUGCUCCCGUUGCGUGGUACUAAAACCAUGCUGGCGGUGUCCACGGACAAGCUGAAGAGAAACUCUCCCGCAUAUCAAGUUGCUUGUGAUAUGUGGCAAGAGCUGAUUCCUCAGAUUCUUCCAACUCUGGUUCAACUUCUCACCAAUGCCCAUGCCUUCCAUAACCCGGCCAAUUGGACUGUGAGCGAUGACAUGCGGGCGGUAGUUGAGCGCAUCCUGACCGAUAGAUUUUGGCAAGCUGGAAUUUCUAGCGGUAGCCGUGAUGACUUCUAUGCCAAAAUUACCGCAUCUAAGGCGACCCUGGAGGGCUUCGCGUCGUCGGUUCGAGGCAAAAUCAGAGCAGUUCGCGAGUCAUGCUAUUCGAUGCUUUUCAGUAUGAGCAGGCUGCGUCAUCAAUUCUAUGGGUUUGCUGAGCUCCCAGGGCCUUUGUCUGCGGCUCUUUUCAAGGAUGCUGAGCACCUUUCUUCCCACCAAUUCUCUGUUUUGCUCAAUAUAUCUCGCUGCCUAAUCGACGAUUGUCCCGUUCAAUACCGCGCACAAUUCUUGCCUCCAAUGCUAGCUACCCUGUUCCAGAGCAUUGAUCGCAAGAUCACAACUGAAUGGGAGUUGAUCGAGCAGCGAAAGACUGGUGGCUUAGACGGUGACCUUACUGAUGAGAUGAAGUCGGAGAGUGUUCUUCGUCAGUUGACGUAUGCUGCGGUUAUUAUGGUUGCCAGUUUGUUCGAUCCGCAAAGAGGAGAUCCCGAUCGAACAGAGGCAGAUCCCAGUGCGCCGCAGCCGACUCCUGACCCCUCUGACUCGAUUCGUCAUUUUGUUCUCUCCUCGCCGGAGAUCUUCGAACCAGUCAUGCUCUUCUGCACCCAUGCUCUCCGUAUGCGCGAUACCCGGUGCUGCAGUAUUAUUACUCGCGUGGUCCGAUCCAUCCUAGCGGACUUCGCGCCCCCGAACAAUAGCCAAACGACGGUUACCAUCCGCGAAUUCAUCUGCACAGAUGUGUUGCAGGCAUGCAUCACCUCUGUGCAUGAAUCUUAUUUCGUCGAUAUGCAAAAGGACCUGGCGCAGCUCAUCGCGGCCAUUUGGGUCCUCUACGGCUCCUGCAGCUCGACGCCGCGGUCUACAUUCCUCUCUCUCCCUGGUAUCUCUGAGGAGAAGGUUGCACAAACAGAGAGCGCUCUCCAACGGUGUACAUCCCCGCGCCAGCAGCGUGCUUUGAUCCUCGAGCUCCUAGAACCUCUUCGGGGAGUGAGCAUUGCUGAGCAAGGCAAGAUUCUUGGCUCCCGCGAGGAACGCCGCAAGGCGAGAAGCGCGAUCCAGGAGAGGUACAUGACCAAUGAGAUGGAGACGCAGCAGGAGAAUCAUCGUGUUGAUAUCAAUGACGGUCCUGAUCUCUCGGGCGUUGCUGAUAUGUUUGGAUAA